AUGUCUGAUUUAGAGACAGUUGGUAAAAUUCUAUCAGAAUCUGUAGUGGCGUCUACCGCUAAAAGUGCAGAAAGAAGUUUAAGAGAAUUAGAGAAUCAAGAUGGGUUUGGUUUAACUUUGUUGCAUGUUGUUGCAUCUACAAAUUUACCUAUUUCUACUAGGUUGGCAGGUGCUUUGUUUUUCAAAAAUUUUAUUAGACGCAAAUGGGUUGAUGAAGAUGGUAAUUAUUUAAUCCCCUUGAAUAAUGUUGAUCUGAUUAAAAAGGAAAUUGUUCCCUUGAUGAUCACUUUGCCUAACAAUUUACAAGUACAGAUUGGUGAGGCUAUCUCUAUUAUUGCAGAUUCAGAUUUCCCAAACAAUUGGCCAACUUUAUUAAAUGACUUGACUAGUAGAUUGUCUGCUGAUGAUAUGGUUACAAAUAAAGGUGUAUUGACUGUGGCCCAUUCUAUUUUUAAAAGAUGGAGACCAUUGUUUAGGUCAGAUGAAUUGUUCUUGGAGAUCAAAUUGGUUUUGGAUACAUUCGCAAUUCCAUUUUUGAACCUUUUGAAGACUGUCGAUGAAAAAAUUAAGGAAAAUAGAAACAAUGCUGCCGCUCUCUCUUUGUUAUUCGAUGUAUUGUUAGUGCUGACUAAAUUAUAUUACGAUUUGAAUUGUCAAGAUAUCCCAGAAUUUUUUGAGGACAACAUCAACGUAGGUAUGGGUAUCCUACAUGGGUAUCUAGAAUAUACAAACCCAUUGGUUGAUGAUCCUGAUGAAACAGAUGAAGCAAGUAUAUUGGCAAAAGUCAAAUCUUCAAUUCAAGAGUUAGUACAAUUAUAUGCUACAAGAUACGAGGAUGUGUUUGGUCCAAUGUUAAGUGAGUUUAUUCAAAGUACUUGGAAUUUAUUAACCUCAAUUUCAACUCAACCAAAAUAUGACAUCUUAGUCUCCAAAUCUUUAUCAUUUUUAACAGCUGUUACUCGUAUCCCAAAAUAUUUUGAAAUUUUCAAUAAUGAAACUGCUAUGAAUAACAUCACCGAACAAAUUAUCUUACCUAACAUUACGUUACGUGAAGCAGAUGUCGAAUUAUUCGAAGACGACCCAAUUGAAUAUAUUAGAAGAGAUUUGGAAGGUGCUGAUGCCGAAACUAGAAGAAGUGGUUGUAACCAUUUCCUACAAGAAUUGAAAGAUAAAAAUGAACCUUUAAUUACAAAUAUCCUGCUAGCUCAUUUGAAGGGAUUCUUCGAACAGUAUAGGAUGAAUCCAAAGGAAAACUGGAAAUACAAAGAUUUAUGUAUUUAUCUCUUCACUGCUAUUGCUGCAAAGGGGAGUGUAACAAGCAUUGGUGUCUCAGCUACUAACCCUCUUGUAGAUGUUAUCGAUUUUUUCAAUAGAGAAAUUACACCUGAUCUAACAAAUGAUGUGCCUCAUCCAAUUUUACGUGUUGAUGCUGUUAAAUAUGUGUACGUAUUCAGAAAUCAAUUAAGCAAACAACAAUUAAUCGACAUCAUGCCAGUAUUGGCUAAAUUACUGAAUAGUGAUGAAUAUAUCGAAUAUACAUAUGCUGCAAUUGUCAUUGAAAGGAUAUUGUCAAUGAGAGAAUCAAUCAAUUCUACUAAAUUGUUGUUCACUAAGGCGGACUUGGCAGGAAGUUCAGAAAUUUUAUUAUCAAAUCUUUUUGCUUUAAUUUCAAAACAAGGGACAACACCAGAAAAAUUGGCUGAAAAUGAAUUUUUAAUGAAGGCUAUUUACCGAGUACUUCAAACUUCAGAGGAGACUGUUCAGAAUAUGUUCCCUCAGUUAAUUUCACAAUUGAUAACUAUCGUUAACAUCAUAUCGAAGAAUCCUUCUAAUCCAAGAUUUACACAUUACACUUUUGAAUCAAUUGGUUCAAUUAUCGGAAACUGUCCUUCUACAGGGGUAAUGCAACUAAUUGAGUCAAUGAUGCCAAUCUAUUUGAGUAUACUAUCGGAAGAUAUCCAGGAAUUUAUCCCAUAUAUUUUCCAAAUCAUUGCAUUUGCUAUCGAAAGAAGCGGCACCAUUUCUGAUAGCAUCAAACAACUAGCACAACCAAUUCUAUCCCCAACCGUCUGGGAAUUAAAGGGUAAUAUUCCAGCUGUUACUAGAUUAUUGAAAGCAUUUAUUAAAACUGAUCCAUCUAUUUUCCCAGAUUUAGUACCUGUCUUGGGUGUUUUCCAAAGAUUAAUUGCUUCCAAGAUUCAUGACUUGCAAGGUUUUGAAUUACUAGAGUGCAUCAUGUUAACAAUCGAUGUUAACAUUUUGCAGCCGUAUAUUAAGCAGAUUGCGGUCUUAAUAUUACAGAGAUUACAGAAUUCAAGAACUGAUAAAUUUGUCAAGAAAUUAAUUGUAUUAUUUGGUCUUUUAGCCUUUAAAUACGAAUCCGACUUUGUUGUCGAAUUUAUUGAUGAAGUUCAAGUUGGAUUGUUUUCUCAAAUUUGGGGCAAUUUUGUCGUAACUACAUUACCUAAAAUUGGUAACCUUUUCGAUAGAAAGAUUGCCUUGUUAGGCGCAACUAUUAUUAUCAAGGGUAACUUGUUCAUGAAUAAAUAUUCAAACCUAGUCCCACAAACUUUAGCUGCUAUUGUUGAAAGUACAUCAUCGGAAAGCAUUGCAAACAUGAAGAGUGAUUUCUUUGAUAUUGAUAACAUUGAAGAAAUUUCAACUUUUGGCUCCAGUUUUAGUAGAUUAUUCAGCAUUCCAGAAAAACCAUAUGACCCUGCCCCAGAAGUAGAUCCGAUAAAUGGAGUAAGAGUAUAUGUUUCUAAAUCUUUAUUAGAAUUAAUACAGUCUAACAACGUCUUUAGUUCCACCAUCAUUCCACAAUUACCAAAUGACAUACAACUUAAAUUAAAUCAAUUAAUCAGUAACUAA